AUGUCUGGAGCGGCGCGGUGGGCUCUGUGCGCGGUGGUGGCGGCGCUGAGAUCCAAAGACUCGGCAGCGGACGUGGGCUGCGUGUUUGUGGAUCCGACCGAGACGCGGCUGCUCUCGCUCUCGUACAACGGCUUCCCGAAGACUCGCGGCGGCCCGUUUGGCGAUCCGGAAAUUGCGCUGCGGAUGUACAAGGCCAGAUUCAUCGCUGGCACCGUCUCGGCGCUGCUGCUCAAGCGGCACUUUGUCAUUCACUCGGAGGUCAACGGGCUGGUGCACAUGGCCAAGCACGCGUUUGUCCGCGGGCUGGUGUGCUACGUCACGCUCAUCCCGUGCCACGAUUGCGUGCGGAGGCUGGUGGCGGCGGGGGUGGCGCGGGUGACGUAUCUGUUCGAGAAUGGCAAGUACGGAUACGAUACGAGCGUGCACGGGGUGGCGGAGGCCGAGCAUGGGAUGGCGAUCACGCAGCUGGCCGGGCGCGACCGGGCGGCGCUGCUGGAGACGUUGGCGGUGAGUGAGGACGAGCUGCGGCGACUGCUGUUUGGGACGCGCGAAGCGCCGGUCGGACACUCGAUGUCGUGGAUCCGGACGCUUGGCACGCUCGCGCACGCUAUCUCGGCGCGACGAUCCGGGAGCUCGUCGGCGUGCGUCCUCGUCUCGGACAACUACGCCAUCAUCGCGACCGGGGUCGCCGAGGCCGCGCAGCCGGGAGCACCAUCGUCACCAUCGGCUGUUGAGAGCGCCGUGUUCGCCAACCCGACUGCCGGCGGCGUGGCGUGCUUUGUCACGCAGGUCCCGCUAGCUGCCGACGUCCUUCUCCUUGCCCAGUACGGGGUCCAAGACAUUUUCCUCUCGUGCCCGAUGCCGCAUGCCCGCGCGUUUCCAAGGCAGGCCGGCCUCUCGCCGCCCGACAUCGACUUUGCGUCGACGGCCUCGCUCCUCGGUGCCAUGCUCAAAGACGACCUCGAGCGCGACGUCAUUCUCAAGCUCACCGAGGUCCUUGGCCUCCGCCUCCAGUUCCUGGCGUGGGAGUCGCCGCGCGAGUCCGACGCUUGCGUCGAGGUCCACAUCUCGCGCCUUCGCGACGUCAUUCGCCAGCGGGCCGACCGGGUCGGCAUCGCGCUUGCCGCCGAUGCCGAGACCGGCAGCGCCAGCGGUGCCGAGUAAGUAACAGAAUACAGGAG